AUGGAAUUCUGCGAUGACAAUUCAAUACGAGAAGAAAUCAUAGGAGUUAUUAUGGAUCCACCCGAGCUUAGUGAAAUGGCGAAACUUUAUCCGCAUCUCAAACCAGGCGGUCAUAACGUUCCGCAAACGUGCCUUCCUCUUCACAAAACUAUUAUUGUCGUCCCAUACAGGGAUCGAGAAUUUCAACUUCGGAUAUUCUUGUAUCAUAUGCAUUCAUUUCUGAUACGCCAAAAUUUGGAAUAUGCGAUAAUCGUUGUUAAUCAGACAAAAGACGAAUUAUUUAAUCGAGCUAAAUUACUCAAUGUCGGAUUUGUUGAAAGUGCUAAAUUAUAUGACUGGAAUUGCUUCAUAUUCACCGACGUUGAUCGCAUGCCGGAAAACACUCGCAACAUUCACACUUGCGCAGACCAACCUAUACAUUUAUCCGUUGAUUCCAGAUUAGGUUUGCUGGAACUUGGACUGUUGUAUUAUACUUUUAUGGGUGGUGCAGUGGCAUUCUCUAAAACACAAUUCCAGAAAAUUAAUGGAUUUUCCAAUAAUUAUUGGGCAUGGGGUGGAGACGAUGAUGAUUUAGCAGCAAGCUGUAAAGAAAUACUUCUUACAUUGACGCUUGAUACGUGGCGUGAUGAUGGUCUAUCAACAUUAGAUUACGAAAUCGACCGUGUAGAAAAAAAUCAACUUUACGUAAAUUUGGUUGUCCGAUUAAAAGAAAAAGAAACUACGGCGAUUUUAGAGAAAAAAGAGCAAUAUAAAAUGUAUAGAAAGUGCAUCGAGUAA